AUGCCAAAAAGGGCUCUCCUCCAGUGUUUUCUGAUGCUGGUGUGCUGCUCUGAGCUCGCACUCAAUCGCAAAUGGCACCCUUACAAAGGACGACGAUACGAUCUCACGCUAUUCAUUCGGAAUCACAACGUGACCGACGCCACAUUCUUUCGACUGGUGGGCGUUGACAACACGGCCGACUUCAACGUGACCGCUGGCAAUACCUUCGAGCACACAUUUGAGGUACGACGGAAAGGUUACUGGACGCUUUUUGUCGAGUUUCCAGGGGAUCGGUAUGCCAAAUCACCGCGAAAGGUAAGUAUGAUACUUGCGUUCGGAUUGCUGUUUUGA